CAGGAGCUCGAUCGUCGCAUUCGAUGCCUGCCGCCUGCCUUUGGCACUCGCCAUUUCAAAAACGGAAUUUCGGCGCUUUCUCAGGUCUCUGGCACUGAACGGAAGUACAUGGCGCGAAUUCUCCUCGGGUGCCUGGUAGGAAAGAUCCCCAAGAAUGUGAUUGUCGCAUUUUGCGCCAUACUCGACUUCAUCUACCUGGCGCAAUACCCGACGCACGACGAUACAACCCUUCAAUACAUGGAAGAUGCGCUCAAGGUCUUUCACAAAAACAAGGAAGUUCUCGUCAAUUGUGGCGUACGAGAACACCUUAAUAUCCCCAAGUUUCACUCUCUCCUACAUUACGUUGAAUCAAUUCGCCUCCUAGGUACAACAGACAACUACGAUACCGAGGCAUUCGAACGCCUUCAUAUUGAUUACGCGAACAAUGGCUGGAGAACCUCGAAUCAUCGAAACGCACAACCGCAAAUGGUGAUCUGGCUUGCACGCCAGGAAAAGAUGUCCGUCGAUCGCAUUGAAGACAGACACAACACACCUGGUUUCAAGAAUACGCUCGCACAGUACAUCUAUAUUCUCAAAAACAAUCGACGUCUCACUCCCACUCAGCUUCUCACCGCCGUAUCUCAUAUGCCCUUCGAUCGGGUAGACGUGUUCCACGGGUUCAAGUUCUCGCCGGAACCCUUGACAGACAGCAAGGAAGAGACUGAUGCAGUCAGGGCGCGACCUUCUUUCGGAGAACAACCGGCGCGGUUUGAUACAGUCGUAGUAUUGAGAGAAGAUGAUGCCGAGGCUACAGGAUUACAAGGAACGAGAAUCGGACGCGUUAAAGUCAUCUUCAGGCUUCCAAAUCGCAUUAAAGACCCGCGCACUCGUGUUCCCCUGAACGCCCCUGCGUCAUGGGCAGAACAAGGACCACUGGCUUAUGUAGAGUGGUUCGCGAAGCUCCCAACCACUCCUGACCCUACGCAUAUGAUGUACACAGUUCAUAAAUCACCAUUGCGUUCGGACAGUAAGCCCAUUGCAGAUAUUAUUCCCCUCAGUACUAUACGUCAGUCUUGCCAGUUGAUACCUACAUUUCCAGGUUCUGUAGGUGAUAAAGUUGAGCAACUACCUACUGACUGGAACACUCAUACUGUACUAGAUGUUGCUUCGAAGUUUCUACUUAAGAACUGGGCCAGUUCCUAUGCAUACCAGACUCUGUGGUAG